AUGUCUGUAUUAGUUGGUGAGAAAGUUGAUGAUGGAAAAAAUGGCGCAAAUAGUAAUGGUGAUGAUGAUAUAGAGCAUGAAUUAAUGGAAUGGCAUGCAACGAGUGGAUUACUUGCUAUAACAACAUAUCGCGCAAAUGUCGGAAGUGAAAUUAACUUUUUCACUCAUCAAGCUAAUAAAAGUAAUUAUUUACCUAUUCGUAAAAGUAACGCACGUGUAAUGUACUUAUGUUGGCAUCCUAUAAUUGAUAUUAUUGCAACAAGUUGGGAUUCCGGUGAUGUGAUAAUCCGUUUUAUUCAAAAUGAUAAAGAUUUUUCGCUUCCAAAUGAAAAUACAUCAAAUGAUGUGAUAAAAUGUAUGUUAUGGGGUGUAAUUGAGCUAAAAAUAUGUAUUGUUAAAAAGAUUAAAAUGAGUGGAAAAUGGCCAAACUUUCAAAUGAUAAUGAUAAGAAAUGAUAUGCUUGCUAUGUGUAAUGGUGAAAAUGAAAUAAGAAUUUGGGAUUUAAAGAAUGAUAUGAAUGGAACUGUAUCACUACGAACAGCAAAAAGUUUCAGUGCAACUGAUACUAUUACUUGUUUAUCAUAUUCAAAUAUUAAAGAUUGUUUAUCAGCUGGUACCGUCGAUGGUAAAAUUGCUAAUUGGAAACAUUGUCGAAUAGAUGAAGAAAAAUUUGAUAAACAAUGGAUUUUACAAGAAGCUGUAUACAUUGGUUCUAAAGUGAAAAUGAUCAAUUGGUCAACAAUUUCUGGUAUUCUUGCUGUUUCGACUGGAUUUGCUGUAACAUUACUGAAAGAACAACCAAUUCUUUCAUAUAUGAAUAAAAAUAGGGCAGUAAUACAAUCAGGUUCAAAAAAACUUACCUUAAUAUGUUUACAAUCAAUCGAGCAGUACGAUAUACAGGUAUCAAUCACUCCAAAAGGAGUUCAUAUAGACGAAAAACACCUGGCAAUUUGGGAUGAUCAACAAAUAUAUUUAUAUGAAAUAAUUAAUGAAUCGAAUUCAAAAUUAAAUGUACAAUUGGCAUCAAAUUUUAAUUGUUCCGUUUCAUCUGUUGUUGUUUAUCAAAAGAAUGUUUGUUGUAUCGAAGAUGACAAAAUUAGAAUUCGAACAUUUCAGGGUACUGUUAAACAGGUAAUAUCGUUGCCCGAAAUAGAAGGUAAUCCAAUAAUGAUUGAUAUUAAUAAUAAUUGGAUAUGUAUUGCUAGUACUAAUGGUUUUAUACGUAUUUAUGAUCUAUCUGUAAGAGAAGCACGACAGCAAUAUCAUUCGAAAGAUAUUUCAAAAACGGUUCAAGAUUUCAAAUAUUUUUUACAUAUUAAACUUAACAAAAUGGGUAAUCGUGUUAGCUUCACUUAUUGCAUCGAUGAUAGUAAAAAUGUUUAUCCAGGUAUUAUGGUUUGGGAUGCUGAUUCAGAUGUAAUUUCAAAUUUUAAUUUUUUAACUGGUAUGACUGAUCAGCAACAAUAUGAAGCAAAUGCUAAUGCUUCUUCACUUGCUGCUAGCAAACGACCAAAUACUGCUGUUGCACGUAAAAUUCAACAAGAGCAAAUACGAUAUCGUCUUCCGGAUUAUCUACCCGGUUUUCAUUGCUGGGACAGUAAUGAUUCACGUUAUUUGAUAUGUGAAGCUAAUCAUCGCAAACCAAAUACAGGACCGAAUUACUUAUUAUCAAUAUUUGUAACAUCAGAAGAUGGCUUACAUAUGCAAGAUUUACAAUUGAAAUCAAGAAAUUCUGAAAUUUUACUCGGUUGCACAGUACCAUAUAUUUACUUUAUCCGCUCGGAUAAUGAUGAAAAUGAUAUUAGCAAUAACGAAAUGAAUAUUGGAAAUUUACUAUUGCGUCAAAUUUUUCGCCAAUUCAUUGGACUUGAAAAUUCUGAUCCAACAACAAACGAAGCAAUGAUGAAUUUUUCAUAUUAUAUGACAGUUGAUAAAAUGGAUGAAGCAUUUAAAGCUAUCAAAUUUAUUAAAAGUGAAAAUGCUUGGGAACAUAUGGCGCAUAUGUGCGUUAAAACGCAACGUCUUGAUAUAGCCUUGCUAUGUCUCGGAAAUAUGGGACAUGCAAGUGGUGCAAGAGCUUUAAAAAAAUCUAUGAAAAAUGGUGAUCCAAUAGAAGUUCAAGUGGCUAUUUUAGCCAUUCAAUUAGGCCUUUUGGAUGAAGCGCAAGCACUUUUUACAAGUUGUGGUCGAUAUGAUUUAGUCAAUCGUCUUUUGCAAACACGAAAUCGUUGGGAUGAAGCAUUUAAAAUUGCGGAAAAGUAUGAUCGAAUACAUUUACGUAAUACAUAUUAUAAUUAUGCAAAUUAUCUCGAAUCAAUUAAUUCCACUGAUGCAGCAAUUGAAAACUAUGAAAAAUCAGGCACACAUUGCUUUGAAGUACCACGAAUGCUAUUUGAUCGUCCUAAAAUGCUUGAAGCAUAUGUGAAGAAAACAAAACAUUCAGGUGUACAAAAAUGGUGGGCUCAAUAUAUGGAAAGUAAAGGUGAUGUAAAAUCAGCGUAUUUAUAUUAUCAGUAUGCUAAAGAUUAUUUAUCAGUUGUUCGAUUACUUUGUCGUGAUAAUAAUAUCGAUGAAGCAAUUGAAAUAGCAAAUAGUAGUGGUGAUAAGGCGGCUUGCUAUCAUUUAGGACAAUAUUUUGAAGCGCAUAAUGAUCCAAAUAUGGCAGUAAUGUUCUUCACGAAAGCGCAUGCAUGCAGUAAUGCAUUACGCCUUGCUAAAGAAAAUAAUAUGACGGAUAAAAUUGCUAAUCUAGCUUUAAUGGCUGGUGGAAAUGAAUUAGUUGAAGCAGCACAAUACUAUGAAAAUAUACCUGGACAAACUGAUAAAGCUGUCAUGUUAUAUCAUAAGGCAGGUAUGAUUAAUCGAGCACUUGAUCUGGCAUUUCGUACUGAUCAAUUUAGUGCAUUAGAUUUGAUUACUAAUGAGCUAGAUGAAAAUUCGGAUCCACGAAUACUUGAACGAGCUGCGGAAUUUUUCAAAAAUAAUCAACAAUAUAACAAAGCAGUUCAACUUUUAGCAUACUCCAAAAAGUAUUUCGAAGCAAUUGAUUUAUGCAAACAAAAAAAUGUUCCAAUGAAUGAAGAAUUAGCCGAAGUAUUGACACCUUCGAAAGGUGAAAUAACGGAUGAAUCUAAUCGGAAAAAACUUCUCGAAUUAAUAGCAGAAUGUUGCGUACAACAACAAAAUUAUCAUUUUGCAGCAAAAAAAUACACUCAAGCUGGAAAUAAAUUAGAUGCUAUGCGAUCAUUAGUGAAAUCAGGCGACACUGCAAGAAUUGUAUUUUUUGCAAAUGCUGCAAGAAAAAAGGAAAUUUAUAUUUUAGCAGCAAAUUAUUUGCAAACAUUGAACUGGAAAGAAGAUUGUGAUUUAAUGAAACAAAUUGAAUUAUUUUACAAUAAAGCUAAUGCAUAUGAACAUUUAGCAAGCUUCUAUGAAGCAUGUGCUCAGGUUGAAAUUGAUGAUUAUCGUGAUUAUAAUAAAGCAGCUGAUGCACUUAAUGAAGCAUUGCAGUGUAUUGCAAAAGCAUUACAAAAUAAUCCUAAAAAUCAGGAAUAUUUAAUGGAAAAGCAAACUGAAUUAUAUCAAACUAUUGGAAAUAUUAAAGAAUUCAUUCAAAUUAGAACUAUUUAUGAAUUGGACCCAAUUGAUGCAAUUCGACAGUUAGAAGCAUUUGCAGAUGAUAAACAAGUUUGUAAGAAUAUACGACUUGGUGACAUCUAUGCUGUGAUGAUUGCAUACAAUGUUCACAAGGAAAACUACAAAAAAGCAUAUUCACUAGUACAGCAAUUGAAGGAUCGUGAACCAAGCAUCGAGCUAAAUCGCUAUAUCAACAAGGAAAUACAAGAUAUCAUUUGUGAAAAAUUGAAGUUAUCAUCUUUUAUUACUGAUAACAAAAAUCUAUCAGAAUGUGAUAAUGAUCAACAAUCUACUAAUGAUGAAGAAGUGGAUUAUAGCUAUGCAAUGAAGCGAAAUUUUCAAUAG